AUGACUACGUUUGUGAUUUGGUGUCCGAGUUCGAUAAUUCAUAAGUUGGACAAAAUAUCAGAUGAAGAAAGUACAAUCUCAAAGAAAAAGCAAGAGAAGCUUUUGCAUCCUGUUGUUACUACUGUUCUCCAGCAACGACGACAAGCUGCUAAUAGAACAGAGAUAAAGCGAGCUGCAGAGAUAAUUGCUAAACCAAAAGCUUUAACAGGUCUUAUUUAUUCACUUCUGGUUAAUAUGGUACUCGUUACUUUCCUGUAUUUCACAAUGCCUGACGAGACAUCGAAAUUUCUUCGUAUCGUUCAUGGUUCUUUUUGCGUUUGUGCUCUUGUGAUCUCUCGAAUAUUUGGUAGUAUAUGGUUUUCGGAUAUUGCGAACGUCGCGCAAAGAUAUACGGGUGUGCAAGUUCCAAAUUUCAAAGUUACGAGCGAUUUUUGUUCGUCAUUAUGUCUAGACUGUCUAAUUUUUUUACAAUCGCUCUUCGUAAGCAGUAUCCCAGUGCCGAUGUUGGCAGAAGCAUUUUCAUUAAUUCAUCUAGCACUACUUAAUUCUUUAUUCAGCUUUGAAUAUGUGUGGAUGUCAUUUGGUAUUGGGUCACGUGCCCGUAUUGAUUUGAUUGAACGACACUGGCCUUACUUUUUGGGUUUUGGUACUAUUCUUACUAUUCUCUCUACCCUCACAAAUAGCGUUGUCGCAAAUGCAUUGCUUUUUGGUGCAGUUUUCCCACUUUGUAUUAUUAGUAGUUAUUUGGUUAAAGCAAGUGACUAUAAUCAAAGAUCAUAUCCUUAUAUACAUAUAUUUGGCCCUUCAUUAGCAGCCUAUGAUUAUUUGGCAUCUGUUUUAUUUAAUUUUCUGAAAUCAUUAAGAAGGAAGCGUGGGACGCAGGUAGCGAGGAUGAGAGUUAAAGUGUCGUCUCAUCAACCAACAUGA